AUGUGUGUUACUCUUUUGACUUCGAGUGUUAGUGCAUCAGUUGUGGCACCCGUGGUGAAGGAAGCUUUAGAAGAUCACUUGAAGGAUGUUGCGCAUAAAGAAGGAGCAGAGUCCGUCAAUAUUGACAAGCAGAAAGGUGAGAAAAUUCAUCAAAUUGAAAGUGAUAUAAAUGAAACACAUAAAAAUCAAUUCGCUAAAGCAACCGACGAAGGCAAAUAUUUAAAGAAGGAUCACGAUUUGAAAUCAGCUUCUGAAAGCGAUGCUUAUGAUGGUUAUAAUACUAAACAAGACAAAGAAGAAGACAGCCAAGCUAAUGGAUUUAAAAGAGGUCACAAGAAAGGGCACCAUAAACAAGGUUUCCAGAAUUCUUAUCACAAAGAUGAAUCUUCGAACAAGAGUACCUAUUUUGAUGACUUCAAUGACGAAGGCGAUCAAGCAGCUUAUAAUAGUCGUUUGAAUAGUUACGAUAACCAAGCUGGAAGAAGAUAUCAAGGUGCACAUAAGAAUGGACAAGAACAUGUUCGAGAUGAUUAUGCAGGUGGGGGUUAUAAUAGACACGGGGAGAACGGUUUAAAACAUAUUGGGCAUCAUGAUUAUGGAAAGAAAUAUUAUUUGAAUGAUGAUGAACAUUAUAAUAAAGUUAAAAAUGGUCACAAUGCAUACGACAGAAAUAGACAUUAUGAUAGACAAGAGCAACAUCUUCCUCCUCCACCUCCGCCUCCCCCUCCUAUUCAUCAUCAUCAUCAUGACCCAGGUUGGGAUUUAAAGGGUUGGGAUGAUAGGCGUGGGUGGGAUGAUCGACGGGGCUGGAACCGUGAUGAUUGGCAGCGAGAACCGGGUUGGGAUAGACAUUAUGGUGGACCAGGGUAUUACGACGAUCAUGGCAUAAGACACGACGGAGGAUAUGGUUAUGGACCUCACCACGGUUACGGUUACGGCUAUGAUGAAUCUCGAGCAAAACCGGUAGCUCAAAUUCCGCAAAUUCCUAAAAACUCCCCUAUAGUCGCUCAACGAAAGCAGACUAUUACGAUUUAUGAAGAUCCAAGAUACAAUGGAAAGGAUAAAGGACAAUUAAGACGUGAGGAAGGCGAUUAUCUAGAAUUGGAAUUCAAACCAAGUAGUCAUCGUUACGCUAGUUAUGACGAUACAUAUUAUAGUGCUCCAACAAGAGAAAGAGAACAAGGAGUGGAGACUAGCAAAAUAAAUAGACUUGUAUACAACUACAGACGACAAUAAUAGGUAUAGCACAGUAGUCUAAUUCUUAUUGCAUAAACGUGCUUUCUAGAGAUACUCAUUAAUGUAUUCCUUUAUUUAUUGUUAGGCUUAUUAUUUGAGUCAUCAGUUCAAUGACUGAGGGGUGGUGGUAGAUUAUCAAAAGGCAAUUAAUAAAAGUACCUAGUUAAUAAACACAGUUUCGAAUGAAACUGCAUAUUCGUUUUUGUCUCUAAGAAAUAAAAACGAACUGUAAAUAAACGGAAUCCAUUUCCAUACACACAAAAGAUUUUUAUUACAAUACCUACAUCCUUUAACGGUAGAAAUCAAUAUCGGAUAUUCAUGUGAUGUCUCUGAUAUGCAAGGAAAUCUUGAUAUUGCAUAUUUGCCUAUGUUCAGUGAGUCA